AGCUGUGCCGGUUCUAUCCCAGGUCUCAGGCUGGGAAUUCGUGUCCGCGUGCUUCCUCCUUCCUCCUCCUCCCGGCUGCCUGCCGGGCCCCUCCUCCUGCUAGCGCGCUCCCUCCCUCCUCUUCCCCUCCCCGGCCGCCGCCUCCUCCUCCUCCCUUUCUCUCUCGAUCUGUCUCUUCUGGCCCGGAAUCCAUUCCGGCCGUGGAGCCGGACCGGCGAAGCCGCCGUCUGCACGCCGCUGGCCGUCCCGGGCCGCCCUCCCGCGUCCAUCGCCGGUGCGCCCGCUCGCCCACGCCCGCCGCAGAUGAAGAUGCCGAGGCCCAGAGAAGGGAACCGACUUGCCUAGGGACACACAGGAGGGAGAGGUGGAGCAGGGUCUUUAGUCCAAGACCUCAGACACCCACACCUGGUGUUUGUGCCAAGACCCCAGGCUGCUUCCCAGAUCUUCUGGGACAGCACUGCCUUCCACCAGCCAGGACCAUGGGCAGCAACAAGAGCAAGCCCAAGGAUGCCGGCCCUCGGCGGCGCAGCCUGGAGCCCGCCGAGAGCGUGCACGGCCCGGGCGGCGGCGCCUUCCCCGCCUCGCAGACCCCCAGCAAGCCGGCCUCGGCCGACGGCCACCGCGGGCCCGCGGCCGCCUUCGCCCCCGCCGCCGCCGAGUCCAAGCUCUUCGGGGGCUUCAACUCUUCGGACACCGUCACCUCCCCGCAGCGCGCGGGGCCGCUGGCCGGUGGAGUGACCACCUUUGUGGCCCUCUAUGACUACGAGUCCCGGACGGAGACUGAUCUUUCCUUCAAGAAAGGGGAGCGGCUCCAGAUUGUCAACAACACGAGGAAGGUGGAUGUCAGCCAGACCUGGUUCACAUUCAGAUGGCUGCAAAGAGAGGGAGACUGGUGGCUGGCACACUCGCUCAGCACAGGACAGACGGGCUAUAUCCCCAGCAACUAUGUGGCACCCUCGGACUCCAUCCAGGCUGAGGAGUGGUACUUUGGCAAGAUCACCAGGCGGGAGUCAGAGCGGUUGCUGCUUAACACGGAGAACCCGAGAGGCACCUUCCUGGUGCGAGAAAGUGAAACUACGAAAGGUGCCUACUGCCUCUCUGUGUCUGACUUUGACAACGCCAAGGGCCUCAAUGUGAAGCACUACAAGAUCCGCAAGCUGGACAGCGGUGGCUUCUACAUCACCUCACGCACCCAGUUCAACAGCCUGCAGCAGCUCGUUGUCUAUUACUCCAAACACGCUGAUGGCCUGUGCCACCGCCUCACCACCGUGUGCCCCACGUCCAAGCCACAGACCCAGGGCCUGGCCAAGGAUGCCUGGGAGAUCCCCCGGGAAUCCCUGCGGCUGGAGGUCAAGCUGGGCCAGGGCUGCUUUGGGGAGGUGUGGAUGGGAACCUGGAACGGCACCACCAGGGUGGCCAUCAAGACCCUGAAGCCGGGCACCAUGUCUCCGGAGGCCUUCCUGCAGGAGGCCCAGGUCAUGAAGAAACUGAGGCACGAGAAGCUGGUGCAGCUGUACGCCGUGGUGUCCGAGGAGCCCAUCUACAUCGUCACAGAGUACAUGAGCAAGGGGAGUUUGCUGGACUUUCUCAAGGGGGAAACGGGCAAGUACCUGCGGCUGCCUCAACUGGUGGACAUGGCCGCUCAGAUUGCCUCAGGCAUGGCGUAUGUGGAGCGGAUGAACUACGUCCACCGGGACCUGCGUGCCGCCAACAUCCUAGUUGGGGAGAACCUGGUGUGCAAAGUGGCUGACUUCGGGCUGGCCCGGCUUAUUGAAGACAAUGAGUACACAGCCCGGCAAGGUGCCAAGUUCCCCAUCAAGUGGACGGCCCCAGAAGCCGCCCUCUAUGGCCGCUUCACCAUCAAGUCAGAUGUAUGGUCCUUUGGGAUCCUGCUGACCGAGCUCACAACAAAGGGCAGGGUGCCCUACCCUGGGAUGGUGAACCGUGAGGUGCUGGACCAGGUGGAGCGGGGCUACCGCAUGCCCUGCCCACCUGAGUGCCCCGAGUCCCUGCAUGACCUCAUGUGCCAGUGCUGGCGGAAGGAGCCCGAGGAGCGGCCCACCUUCGAGUACCUGCAGGCCUUCCUGGAGGACUACUUCACGUCCACCGAGCCCCAGUACCAGCCUGGGGAGAACCUAUAGGGCAGGAUGCCCUGCCUAGCUGGGUCACCUGUGGGGUCUGCACCCUCCACCUGCCACUGUGGACCCUCCCACCCUGGGGCUGAAUUGCCAGGGAUGGAGCCCUUCUGUCUUUGGGCACAUGGAAGGGCUUUGGGUCUGUGGGUCCAUGGCCAGCACAGUGAUUGUCCCAGCGCUGCUGUGGCCACACGCCUCCUCUUUGUCCCUCCGGAGAUCUGCUGUCACCAGAGGAGGAUUUGGAAAAGGGGCCGGAUGCCCGUUCUCACCUCCACCUGCGGCCUGUGCCUGGCCCCUCCACCCUUGGAUGCCCCAGGUCCGUCUCAUGAGCUGGCCAAAGAAGCUUUCCAAAGAGGAGCGAUGUACCCUGGCCCUCAGCUGCAGCCCCUGCCCCUGGCAUCCCUUUGGACACAUCUGGGGGUCAGGGCUGCAGGGUCCAGACCCCUCUGUCAUGGUUGGGCAUCCCCCAGCCCAGCAUGGCUCAGUGAUAGUAGAUGGGAUGAGGACCCCCUUCCAGCUCUGCCCUUCUUCCACCCCAGGGACCCUUGGAGAUCAUCAUCUCCUUUCUCCCAUUGUUCCCACGGGAAAAUGGAGUCAGAGAGGGGAUGUGCCUUUCCCAGGGCUGAAGAGCAGGUCAGGGUCUAGGCGGCAGCCUUGGUACCUGGUGCUCUGUCGGUCUUCCUCAGGAACCGACGAGAAUUGUCUUUAGAGACAUCUCAGAUUGGAGCAGCCCAGGGGACAGGGGACCUCAAGAUGGGUCACAGAUAACAGGGUCCCACUGUCCCUGUGUGCUUGGCUCAGCCAGACUGUUGGGGGAGGGGGCCGGACAGGCCUGUGUGAGGCUGAGCUAGAAGCAAGGGGUGGAAGGUGAAGGUGUGGAAAGCAGGCUUCAGUCAGAAUGUAGGUGGCUUUUGACCUUUGGAGCCAGCCAGCCAUGACAGGGAGUAAGCUCCCAGGCUCUGGUGGCAAUCAAGUAGUCACAGAGCAGUGAGGCUGGAGGGCCUGGUCCUGGCCUCAGGAGGGAACCUCAGGUCCUCCAUCCCCCAGUUUGUCCUGAGCAUUUCAACAGCUGGCCUCUGCUCUGCUCCCGAAUGGGCUCCCCCAAAUCAUGAGUAGGGAGGAGUGCCCUGGCUGGGAUCAGAGAGGGCAAGGGUGCCCACUGGUGCACACUGCUGUGUGACUUGGGGCCCUGCUUUUCUAUGAGCUGCAACUACACGUGUGGCUGUGGCCUCUGACUGCUCAGCUGCCGCCAGACCCUGUGGUAGGAACCCAUGGGGUCCUGGCUCUGCUGUUCAGCCUUAGGGUAUGUGGUGGCUUCCUCCUGGGCCUCAGUGUGGCCAUCUGUAACAUGGGCAGCUGAUAAUUAGUGGCAUCUUGCCAAGGGCCCCCGUGUGUGUGUGUGUGUGUGUGUGUGUGUCCGUGUGUGUCCAUAUUUAACAUGUAAGAGCCGCCCCAGCCCUGUCCUCCAUUUCACCACUGCCCCCAUCACAGCAAUAACAGCCUGGUUGGCAGGGUCCUCGAGCCAGCCUGGGCCUGGCACAGGGGAGGGAGGCCAAGUGGUGCCUGCCCAUAAGGUUCCAACCUUCCCUUCCCUUCAUGUUUGUCUCUCAAGUCUGCUCCUGUCUGUCUAGGUCAGAUCUGGGUUCGCUUCCCCUGCGUGCCCUCAAAUCCCCCUUCAACUGCCCUGGCCCCUUUGUAUAAGGUGUCCUAAUACUGUCCUAUUUUUUUUUUAACAGUGUUUUGUAGAUUUCAGAUGACUAUGCAGAGGCCUGGGGGAUCCCUGGCUCUGGGCAGGGCCUGGGGGGGUCCCACAUUCUAUGGCUCAGGCUUAGGGGGGAGGGGGGAUCAGUAAUUGGUUGUAAAUACUUUGCAUAUUGUCUGAUUAAACACAGACUUCAGUGUG